UCAGCCACAUUUGUUGCAGCAAAUGCAAAUGGCUUUUACAGUACGGCUGCUUCUGCUUAUUUCCUCAUUGUUUCUGGUUCUAGAAUCUCUGUUUGUCCAGACUAAUAGUGGCAAAGUAGAUGUGGGAGCUUCUCUCUCUGCAACUGCAGGUAACAGCACCUCAUGGCUUUCUCCUUCUGGCGAUUUCGCCUUUGGUUUUCGACAACUCGAAAACAGUGAUCUUUUCUUGCUUUCUUUAUGGUAUGCCAAGAUUCCAGACAGAACCAUAGUUUGGUAUGCAAAUAAUGGGGAUAGUCCUGCAGCUGUAGCUAAGGGUUCACUUCUGAAUUUGACUGCUGACAGUGGACUAGUGCUUACAAGUCCUCGCGGUGUUCAGCUUUGGAAAUCUGAAUCCAUUUCUGGAGUUGUUGCCUUUGGGGUCUUGAAUGAUACAGGCAACUUUGUUCUUGAAGGUGACAAUUCAGAGAGCUUAUGGGAGACCUUCAAUUAUCCAACUCAUACAAUUUUACCAGGGCAGGAUAUCGAAAAAGGAGGGAAGCUUCGGUCUCAACGAUCCGAGACUAACUUUUCGAAAGGAAGAUUCGAGCUACGUAUGCAAGAUGAUGGCAACCUUGUACUUGUCACCAUAAACUUGCCCACUGAGUUUGUCAACGCGCCUUACUAUGCAAGUGACACUACCGGUGAUUCAAACUCUUCUACUGCUGGUACAAAGCUGGAGUUCAAUAGCUCAGGCUACAUGUAUGUUCUGAGAGAGAACGGCGAGAAACUCACCAUCAAAGAAGCAGAGACAGUCUCAGCUAGGAGCUUCUAUCUUAGAGCAACCCUCAACUUUGAUGGGGUUUUCGCUCAAUACUCUCACCCGAGAGAUUCCUCGGGUAACUGGAGUGUUGUUUGGUCAGUGCCAGAUAACAUAUGCAAUAUGGAGGUUGCUUCAGGUCUUGGUGUAUGUGGCUACAACAGUAUCUGCACUCUCCAAGGUCAGAGGCCAACCUGUGCAUGCCCAAAAGGAUACUCUUUACUGGAUCCGAAUGAUCCGUAUGGGAAUUGCAAGCCGGAUUUCAUACAAGGCUGUGAAGAAGAUAAGCUGAGUCCCACAAAUGAUAUAUAUGAAGUUCAGAUGCUGAACAAUACGGAUUGGCCAUUGUCAGAUUUUAUGCAGUUAAAUCCUUCUACUCCAGAGAGUUGCAACCAAUCUUGCUUUGAAGAUUGUUUGUGUGCUGUUGCUAUUUACAGAGUUGAAACCUGUUGGAAAAAGAAGUUACCUCUUUCAAAUGGGAGAGUGGAUAGCGGGCUUAAUUCACAGGCCUUCAUCAAAGUCAGGAAGGGUAAUUUAACUCUACCAGUUCCUCAACCGCCAAAUCCGGAUGACAAGAAGAGGAAGAACCAGACCACUUUAAUACGCGUUGGAUCAGCGCUUCUUGGUACCUCAAUCUUUGCUAACGUUAUGUUAAGUGCUAUAGUUUGUAUGGGAUUUUUCUUCAUUUACCGGAAGAAACAUGUGAGGCCUAACCAAAAUGUUUUGGACUCAAAUCUGCGCUCUUUUAGUUAUGAAGAGCUUAAAGAAGCAACAAAUGGAUUUAACGAAGAAUUAGGAAAGGGUGCUUUUGGAGUUGUUUACAAAGGAAUAUUGCAAAUUGGUUCUGGUGUCCCAGUGGCAGUGAAGAAGCUAGAUUUUGUGGUACAAGAUAGUGAGAAGGAAUUCAAGACGGAACUGAAAAUAAUUGGUCAGACACAUCACAAGAAUCUGGUUAGACUUGUUGGAUAUUGUGACGAGGGACAAGAGCGGUUACUAGUAUAUGAGUUCUUGAGCAAUGGGACAUUAGCAAACUUUCUUUUUGCUGAUACAAAACCAAGUUGGAAGCAAAGGAUUGAUAUUGCUUACGGAGUUGCUAAAGGACUUCUGUACUUACAUGAAGAGUGCAGUACCCAGAUCAUCCAUUGUGACAUUAAGCCUCAGAACAUUCUUCUAGAUGAUUACUACAAUGCUCGGAUAGCUGACUUUGGAUUGGCAAAGCUUUUAAUGAUGAAUCAGAGCCAGACUCAAACUGCCAUAAGAGGAACAAAUGGGUAUGUUGCACCUGAGUGGUUCCGGAACCUGCCAAUCACUACCAAAGUCGAUGUGUACAGCUUUGGUGUGGUGCUGCUAGAGGUCAUUUGCUGCAGGAGAAGCGUUGAUAUGGAAAAUGUUUCUGAAGAGAGAGCCAUUUUAACCGAUUGGGUCUAUGACCGCUACCUCGAAGGAGUCUGGGAUGCGAUUGUUGACAACGAAAUGGAGGCCUUGCAUGAGAAAACAAAGCUGGAAAGGUUUGUCAUGGUUGCUCUUUGGUGCAUUCAAGAAGACCCUACUCUUCGACCCACUAUGAGGAAGGUUGUGCAUAUGCUUGAAGGUGUAGUGGAAGUACAUGUUCCACCAUGUCCCUCACCAUACAGCAGUGAAGGCUGAAACCAACUUUGUUUAGCAUUGUGAUCACUUCAAGAAGUUACUUUUUUGUAUUGUUGGUUGUGGCCGGCUUCGUUGCUUUCCUUUUCGUUACUGUCUAUGCAGUUGUAUUAGUAAUAAGUCUGAAUUCAGAUGCAGUUUAGAAGUUUUAAGUUAUGAUCUUGUUGGGAAUGAUCAAGUCAUUUCAGAACACUUAAGUUUCA